AUGAAUAAUUAUAAAAGGAAAAGAAAAUAUGUCCAAGAUGAUCGGCAUGAUAAUAGUAAUGAAAGUGAAUCUUCUGUAAAAUUAGAAAAUGAAAAAGGAUAUGAUAAAGAUAUAAUAUAUGAUCAAAUAUAUUCCACCCCUAAAAAAAAUAAACCAAGAUGUUUAGUUUUAUCUAAUUCAAAAGAUAAUCUAUUAACAAAUUUUACAAACUUAUUAAAAAUUGAAAAUUAUGGAGUAGAAUAUAAAAUUAAAUGGUAUAUCCAUUUAUUUAGAAUAUGUCUAUUUAAUGAAAGAUUAUAUGGAUCAACACAAAAAACAGGAACAGGAAAAAAUAAAAAAGAAAAAGGAACUGAAGAAAAUAUUAAUAAAUUAAUAUUAGAAUAUAAUGUUGAUGAAUUACUAAAAAAUGUACAAAAACUUAUUUUAAGAAAAUUAGAUUGUGAAAAUUUAUAUUAUCAAAAAAUAUUAGUUAUUGUUUGUUUAUUAUUUGAUUAUUUUCAAAAUAGAAAACAUCAUAAUAUUAAAACUAUCAAACAUUUAGAAGGGGAAGAAGAAGACACAAAAAAUUCCAUAGAUGAUCCUGAUAUACACAAUGCCUCCGAUUCACAAAUUAAUGGAAAUUUAUCAACCAAAAGAAAUGAUAAAUCUAAAAGAAAAAAAGAAUCUAAAAAAAGAUCAAGAAAUACAUCUAAAAAAGUUUAUGGAGAUUCAGGUGAUGAAGAUAUAAGUAAAGACAGAUUAUCAGAUUACUCUGAUAAUAAUAAAUCAUCUGAUUCAGAAUUAUUAAAAAGUAGUGAGAAAAAAAAAUUUAAACCUAUUGAUAUUAUAAAUAAUCAAAAAAAUUAUUAUAUUAUUGAAUUUAAAAAUGUUUUAUUCAAUGAAAAAAAGAAAUUUAAUAAUUUGGAAAUCUUUUAUCAUAUUACAAACUUUAUUAUACAUAAAUAUUGGUAUUCACAAGAAUAUGCACAUUAUAAUAUUUUUAUUUGGUUUUUAAAUUAUAUAAAUAGUAAAUUAGAAAUUAAAAAAUCUAUCAACAGUAUUAAUAGCAAACUAGAAAUGUUUAUUAAUUUACAUCCAAAAAUAUUUAAUAUAUCUCAUGCUAAAAAAAAAAGAAAAAAAAAUAAUUAUCAAUAUAAUAGUAGUAUUCUUAGUGGUCCUAGCCAAAUACAUCCAAACAAUAGUCAUUAUUUUGAAAGUGGAAUUGUAGAUUAUCCUUAUGUAAAAAAUAGAUCUAAACAAGUAGGUGGUGGUUUCACAAGCUUUACAAAUCCAACAAACUCAGCAAACACAACAAAUACAUCUACCACACCAAACAUUAGUAAUAACAACUUUUUUUCAGUAAAUAAUAAUUCAACUAAUAAUACAUUUAGUGGAUUUAAAAAUACAAAUACAGAUUCAUCUGCUAUUGGAAAUACCUUUGGUUCAGCCUUUAAAGGGUUUGGUCAAAAUAAUAAUGUAAGCAUAUUUGGAAAUAAUAAUACAGCCCCUAAACCUAUCGAAACGGGUAAUAAUCUUUUUUCAACUUCCAAUAAUACAAGUACUUCUCUAUUUGGCAAUUCUAUAAAUAAUACAACUAAUGCACCAGCUACUAAUAAUGCAAAUAAUUCGAUGCAAAAAUUUCCUAGCCUCUUCUCAUCAAACACUUCUGGAUCGACAAAUAAUAAUAUUACCACGAUGAACAAUGGAAUGUCUUCAAUCAAUAAUAAUAGUUUCAACUCCCAACUUAAUAAACCCCUUUUUGGUAGUACUACUUCUAUAGGGGGAAAUAACAUGAUGCCUAAUAUACAAAAUAAAAAUGUGAAUUUAUUUGGGUCGAUGAAUAAUAACGCACCGGGGCAAAAUAAUUCAAAUAUUAAUACUACCCUAGACAAUAAUAAUGCACCCAUUUUUGGAUUUGAUAAAAAUAAUCAAACUAAUACAUCUAUAUUUGGAAAUUCUUCAUUAAGUGGGACUGGAAAUAAUACAAAUUUUAUCUCGACACCAAACAAUAAUACAACAAAUAAUUUAUUUUCUUUUAAUGGAGAUGCUCAAAAGAAAUUAUUUCAAACUCCUCAAAUAAAUAAUCUAGACAAAAAUAAUAAUAAUUCAACUAACCUAUUAAAUACGUCAACUACUAAUGAUAGUAAUACAAACCUUUUUGGCACAAAAAAUAAUGGAACCGGAUUUUUUAAUUCUACAAUUAAUGGAAAUAUAAAUAAAGACUUACCAUUAAAUAAUAAAACAGGAUUUGAAAAUGAUAUGCUAUUACAAAAAACAAAUAUGUUUUCAAAUACAAAACCAGCUGAUUCUAUAAAUUUCAUGAAUAAUAAUAUUUCAAACUUAAAUAAUAAUACAACCCCUUCUUUUACCUUCGGAACUAAUAAUUCUAAUGAUAUGGUUGGAGGGAUGUCUUCAAAUUUAAAUGGACAACAAAAUGGCAACAAUUUUGAUAAUCUGUUUAAUGCUGAUACUGGUUCGAAAGAAUUAUUUAAGGAUCUAAAAAUAUCCAAUGAAACCACAUCUAAAUUUACUGUUAAUAAAAAACCAUUAUUUUCUAGAAGAUCUGUAAAAAGUAGUAUACUUGUAUCUAAUUCAAUGACAACAGAAAACAAUAUUUUUAGUUCUGCAUAUAGUAAUAAAGAUAAUUUAUUAAAUAAUCAAGCAAAACCUGUUAAAGUUAUUUUUGGACAAAAUGUAAAUACAUCUACUACUCCUGAAAAUGCUAACAAUGGAUUAUUUGGUACCACAUCUAACACAACUACUAACAAUUCUGCAUCUAACAAUACAAUAGCUCCAAUUCCUACCGAAGAAAAUAAAUCUAUAAAUUCAACUAUGGAUAAACCAAACCUUUUUUCAAACACAAAUAAACCACUUUUUAAUCCACCUACUAAUACUACUACUACUAUGUUUGGUUCUACAAAUACUAACAUAUUUGGAAAGCCUGAAGUUUCUAAUAUAUUUUCAACCCCAGCAAAUACUAUAUCACCUACUGACACAAAACCUAAUACAGAUCCAAAUGCAAAUACUAAUAAUUUAAUAUCUACUGAUAAUACAAGUUCUGGAUUUGGAAAUACAUCUAUUUUUGGAGGUAGUGAAACAAAUAAUAGUGAUCGAAAUAAUUCUCAAGGUCUUAAUUUUCCUGUUAAAAAGUUAACACUAGAAGAAAGAAAAAGAAAAAAUUCAAAAAAUAAUAUGCUAUCAUUAUUUUCAUCAAAUACAACCAGUUCAAAUAUGCAAACAACAAAUCCUAUAUCAUUAUCAGAUACACCAUCCUUAACAAGUAACAAUAAUAAUGAUACUAAAAAAACAAAUAUAUUCCAAUUUAACACUACACAACCUGAUACAGCUACUAAAACAGAUACUCCAAUGUUUGGUGGACUUGCAAAAAAUAAUGUAUUUGGUAUUGGAAAAUCUCAAGAAAGUUUAGGAGAAAAAAAAUUCCAAUUUGGAACUUCAUCAGAUAAACCUGCUGAAAGUAGUACAAAUAUAACUACAUCUAUUUCAAGUAAUAAUUUAUUUGGUUCUAAAACGGAAGAUAAAGAAAAACCAUCUACUGAGGCUCCUAAACCAGCUAGCUUGUUUACCUUUGGAAGUUUUACUAAUAAGGAAAAGGAGGAACCAAAAGAUGCUCCAAAAAAUGAUGAAAAAGUUGAAAAGGUUGAAAAAGAUGAUAAUAAAAAUGUAACACCAAAGGAAACUCCUCUUUUCAAAGGAUUCGGAUCAAUUUUACAAAAUAAAACAGAAGAAACUAAUAAAAGUCCAAAUAAAAGUUUUAUUUUUGGAUUAGGAAUUAAAGAAGAAGAUAAAGAAGAAAAAAAAACAUCCCCUUUAAUAACUGAAAAAAAUAAAGAUGACAAUGCUAUUGCUACUCCAAAGUUUGGAUUUACAAACAACAUAGCAACUAGUUCUAAUAAUCAAACAAACCUUUUCAAUAUUGGAAAUAAUAAUAAUAAUAACAAUCUCAAAUCAAACAUAUUUGUUGAACGUAAUGAAAAGGAGAAUGAAAGUGGGACAGGAUUAUUUUCACUAAAUAAUAAAUCGAAAGAAAAUACAAGUCCUUUUUCUUUUAAAACUGAUAAAGAACCAAGUAACAUAUCUGGUAUUAAUACAUUUUCUAAUACAAAUUUUAUAGGAAAUGAAAAUAAAAAUAAAGAACCAGAUUCAAAUGUAAAUUAUGAUAAUAUUAUAAGUAGAAAGAGAAGAAAAGAUGUUGAUUUAGAUUAUAAAGAUGAACUUAAAAAUGUGAAUUUUUCAAAUUUCAAUGAAGAUAAUAAUAGUUUAAGAACUAAUGAUACAGAUCAUAAAAAUUUUAAUAACAAUAUUUUAAAUGAAGAAAAUAAAAAUAAUGAAGGUUUAUUUUUAAAAAAAAGUCGAAUAGGAACCUCAUUAAAUGAUACUAAAAAUAUUCUAAAUACAAUAAAAUUUGAUAAUAUUCCUUCAAAAGAUAAAUUAACUACAUCUUUUACUGAAAAUCACAAUAAUACAAAUAAUGCAGAUCAAACAGAUCGAAAUAUUUUUAAUAUUAACAUGUUACUUCCUGAUCAACCAACAAAAGAAAUUCCAUCCACCACACAUGCAUCAACAAAUAAUGACUCAAACUUAACUAAACCCCAAUUCAAUUUCCUAAACAAAAACAAUGAACAAAAUAGUGUAGAAAAGGCUGUUAAUAGAAAUCUCGCUGAAACGAGCACUACUAACCAAUAUGAAAUGAAUGACAAUAAAACAUUUGAAAAUCAACAAAAUUUCCAACAAAAUCAACAAAGUUUCCAACAAAAUGAAUCCAAUUUUUACAACUCAGAUGCUUAUAAAAAAAAUAAGAUGGAGGAAGAGAAACAAACUGACUUUUAUGAAAGAAUUCGAAUUAAUGAAUACCUUAUGAAUAAUAAUUAUAAUAGUGAUAUAGAUAUUAUAAAUAAUAAUGUAGAAAAACGCAAUCCCCUUGUUAUUGAUAAAAAAAGUAUGAGCAGAAUAAAAUCAUAUAAUAAACAUAUUUCUUUUGAUUCUAUAGAUGUAGAUUUAGAUCGAGAUGUUGUUGAUAUUAAUGAAUUAAGACAAGACUUAUUUUUAUGUGCCUUAAAUUUUCAUUUACAUUAUUGGGCAGAAAAAGUUAUACUAUUUUAUCCUCAUAAUGAAAAAAUUAAUAAAUACUGUACUUCAAUAAUUAAAAUUAAAAAUAAAUUUGAUGAAACAUAUAAUUUUAAUUUGUUUGAUGAUAUCCAUUCUUUAUCAAGAAAGUUAUUAAAACGUUUAGACAAAAAUUGUUGUAUUUAUGAAAGUGUUUUAUUUUUAUCUGGUGAUAAUAUUAAAAUAUUAAAGAAUGCAAAACUUUCCCUUUUUGAUGUUUUUAAUAUAUAUCAUUUUUGGUUUAAAAAAAAUAGCUCUGAUAUAAAAAAAAAUCUUCAAGACUUUCUUUAUACUAAUAAAAUAUAUCCAUCUUAUUUAAUUUAUUAUAUGGGUCUAUAUAAAAAUUCGAAAACUUCAAAUAAUAAAUCUAAUGAUUUAAAAGAAAAUCGAACAAAAAUUGUUAAAGGGGUAACAUCACAAAAUAAUUUAUCAGAUAAUGAUGAAAGUCAAAAACAGUCUAAACCUGCUUUCUCUUUUUAUGAAAAAAUUUCUCAAUUUGCUUAUCCUAAACAAGAUUCAAAAAGUGAUUUAAAUAAUCUAAAUGAUUCUGAAGUAGAUAAAAAUUUGCCUUCAGAAAAUGAACUUACUAAUUCUACAGUUGACGAUGAAAAAUCAGACGCAUACUCAUCAAAUGAUGAACAUACUGAUAGUAGUGAUAAAAGCUUCAAUUCAGACUCUCAAGAAAAUAGCCAAAACGAUCAAGAUUCUGAAAUCUAUGAUUUGAAUAAAGAAAGUCAAGUAAAUAUAACAAAAUCGGAAGGUGAAAAAAAAAAAAAAAAAAAAAAAGUCACAGAAAAUAAUUUAGCAGAAAUUUUUAAUUCAGAUAGUAGUGAUGCUUCAAAUGUUUUAGAAAAUAAUUAUGAUGAUGAACCAUUUAGUAUGAAUAUUAAUGAGAAAUAUUUAUAUUUGUCUAAAGGGAAAAAACGAAAAAAAAAACUAUUUUUACCAGCUCAUAUUAAAAUUAAAAAACUUAGUGCAUGUGAAUGUAUAUUGUUAGAACUUAUUUUAAAAGAUAAUGUAUUAAAUGUAUUAAAAAAAUAUAAAUUAUUUAAAAGAGAAAAAUAUGAAUAUUUAUACGUAAAUCUAAUCGCAAUGCUAAAGCAUUAUAAUUAUUUUUCCACAGAUAAAUCUGAAGAAAUUAAUGCUGAAAAUGGAAAUAACAGUCCUACAAAUAACAUUCCAAGUAAUAGUUUAAAAGAUAAAAAAUAUCGUCAAAAUGUUAAUAAUAUGGAUAAAGGAAGUAACUUAAAACGAAUUGCUAACUGUCUUGAAACAAACUGUGCUAAUAUAAAAAAUGAUAAAAUAAAUAUUUUAAAAAAAAUAUGUGAUAAAAAUUUAUUAUACUAUAUAAAUUUACAAUUGAAAAAUAUUGCACACUUACUUAAUUAUAAAGAAAUUGAAAUAGCUUGUACAUAUUUAAAUCAUAUAAAAAAUAAUUUAUUUGUAAUCUUUCAAAUUCCAAUUUUAUUAUUCAAUGUAUUAUAUGAUAAACUCAUAAAAAAUUACAACGAUUUUAGUAUCAUGGACAACUAUUUUAAUAAUUCACUUUUAUAUAAAGAUUUUCGAUAUGAAUAUAUAUUAAAAACAAAAAUUGCAUAUAUGCUAUUAAAAAAAUUUAAUGAUCAAGAUGAUAUAGAAAAUUGUAUAAAAUUUGCAAUAUAUUUUGAUAAUAAUAGAGUAAAAGCACAUAAAAAUAAUAUAUAUAAUGAUUAUAUUUUUCAUAAAAAUUUAAUUAGCUCUUAUAUUAAAGUUCAUGAAAAUAUUGUACCUUCUGAAUGGAUUGAAGCUAAAUAUGCAAAAGAUGGUGAAUUAAGUGACAUGAACGAUUCAGAAUAUUUAGAUUAUUAUUCUUUUUUUUUCAAAGACAUAUCAAAAUAUAUCAAGCUAAGUACUAUCGAUAAAAUUAUUACUUCAAAUAUAUUUAGUUUACAUAAAGAAAAUUACACAAUUUGUCAAUCACCAGAAGAUCAAGAUACAAAUAAAAAAUAUAAAUCAAAUGGUGGAACAAAUGUAGGAAACAAUUCAAAAUCAGCUAAUAGUACUAGCCAAAAUAAUGAAACUAGCCAAGAUGAUGCAGAAAAAAAAAAAAAUAAAUUUGCAUGUUAUUUUAUGUACAUGGUCAGGCGAUCUAUUAUGGAUGAUGUUGUAAAUAUUUAUUCUUCAAAAGGAGAAUAUUUUUAUAAAAAAUUAUUGACAACAUUAGUAAAUAAUAACUUUGCAAAAGAUUAUGAAAAAGCUAAUAACAAACAUUUUCAUAUGUUUAUUCAAGUUGCAAAUAUAAAUGUAUUUAUGAAAAAUGUUUUUUUUGAAUAUAUUAAUUUUUUUAAAAAAAAAGAAUUAUAUAAUAUUGAAAAAAUAAAAAAUGAAGAUGAAAUUAUGGAUAACUUAGUUAAUGUUGUAAAGGUUAAUGGAAGAAAUUUCUUUGUUGUAAUAAAUACACUAACUGAAAUUGUUACUAAAAUUGAAAAAAAUGUUGUAAAAGAUGUUAAUAUAAAUAUACUUAUUAAUUUAAGAAAUAUAAUUAUUGACACUUUUUACCUAUUUAAAUAUGUUUUUAAUAAUCGAGAAUUUUCACUAAAUCUCAUCGAAAACCUUUACAGAAAUGUUAUCAAUUUUAACGACACAAUUAAUUCAUUCUUUUCUGACGAUGUUAAUUUUUACCCCAAAGAGCAAAUAAAAGAUUUGUACACACACAUAAGACAUAAAUUUACAAGCCAAAAUGCCAUCAACUAG